AUGAGAAGGCGAUUCCUUGCCUUGAUGCCGGCUGUGAUGGGAGCUGCGAUGAAUAUGGAGGUGAGCCCCGAGGGACGGCCUUUGCACUGGGGUAUCAAGGCCCCUCGGGAGGUUGCCUUCACCGAGGAAGCCCAGCCAGGUUAUUAUGGGAUGCCAGGGCCCAUGCCCAUGCAGCCCUCUUAUCCCUCCAUGAAUGCGCCGGUGCAGAUGGCACCGGCGCCGCAGCCCCAAGGAGGUGAACGAUCCUCCAACGAGCCGCAGGCCUUCGGCGGCCUGCGGGAGUACGACAUGACCCUGUCCUUAGAUGCAGGGCUGCACCUCGAGUCCGACGAUGGCGUCUGGAUCUCUUCCAGAUCCGACGGCCCACGAAAGGACGACGAGAACUACGACACGAACACACUGCUGUCCAUCCCGCGGCAGAUUUACGAAAAGCUGAGCGGACGCGGAAACCGCACAAAGGGCGACGAGCCCUGGGGCCGACAUGCCAAGGCAGAUGAGCUCGAAGCCCGAGAAGAUGUACGAGACGACCGCGAAGGCGGUGCUCGCCGCGACGGCCGCCGACGAGGUGCGGCAGAUCGAGACUGGAGACAUGACCUCUUCAACUAUGCCACUGAGAGGGAGCGGCAGGCACGAAACAACCGAGGUGCCUGGGGACACGACGACCGAGGAGACUGGGGUGGGGCGGAUGUCCGAGACCGAGAGGCGCCCCGGAAGCGCGGCCGAGGCGACCACUGGGAUCGGGGCCAGGAAUGGCAGGCUCGUCCGGACACGGCUGGAGGCGCUGCAGCUGCGCCGUCCUUCAAGCCUGCCGACGACGAGGAGACGCGCAAGCGCCGCAAGCGAAUGGAGCGCUUCAGCAA